AUGGCCGCUUUCGUCCCACCAACUCUGUUCAAGCUCGUAAGCGCCGGCUACACUAUCAUGAACAAGGCCAAUUCCGCCCUCGAAUAUCGCGCCCUGGAAUACGCAUUGUACUCCGCCAUGACCGUUCGGGGCACUGUAAGUGUGAUGAGGAUCUGGAAAGGCACAAGGACUCCACCAGGAGUCGACCGGAACACAUGGAAGGCUAUCACUUGGCGCGUUAUUAACUGGCUUCAUAUUAAGCUUAAGACGAAUGUUGGUCUACGGAAAGAGCUGGAAGAGGCGAAGAAGCAGCAGAGGGAGUACGAGAUGAAGGAGAAGGCGAGCUCUGAUCGAGCGCGUCGAACUACACACAUCGACGAGGUUCCAGACUUUGCGACACCUAUGUGCGAAGAGCCUACACAAACACCAGAACUGGUCCGCAAACUACAGGAGGCACUCAAGGACACGACCGAGCGCCUGGAACGCAGCAAUGCGCUGGUCAAAGAGCUUCAGCAGUCUACGAGCAAGUCUGCGCAACCGAGUAGAAUGUCCACCUUGUCUCACAACUCAUCAACGCCAAAGCGAGAUGCACUGGAGGAUAUGGGGCAUCAACUUCGGGCGGCGCGGCAAGAGGCUGUAGACGCCAAGAUGGAAGCUGAUUCCAAAGACGAGCAGUUACGGCUGGUGCAGAAUGAGGCCGAUGUGGCUAAAGCCAAAGUCGCUUCGCUACUGGCUUCUCAUGGUCGAGAGCCGAAGGCAGUACCGGAAGAGAUCGAGGCGGUUGAAGCUCAAGUGGCUUCGCUGAAGGCCGAUCUGGAAGCUGCACGACAAGAAACGCAGACGGCUAACGUGGAACUCCUCUCAGUCAAGGAGCAAUUGGGUUGUGCGAACGAAGCCAUAAAAACCGCUGGAUCUGGCUUGGCCCAGGUGAAAGAACUCGUGGGAAAAGUCCAAGAAGAGAAGGAAGAGGCUGAAGCCAACGCAGCUUCUCUGACCAUGCAGUUGCAAGCGUCCCGAGAAGAAGAAGAGAAGGGCAGAGCCGAUGCAGCUUCGAUGGAGAGAGACUUCCACGAGGUGCGACUACGACAUAGCAAGGAAGUCACCGCACUCAAAGAGCAGGUCAAGGAGUGGGAAGGCAUCGCUGCGGAGGCGAAGGAGGUCAACGAUAAUGUGCAGACCGCCCUCAACGACGAGAAUGAAGAGCUCAAAGAGCAGCUGAAGAAGGAGGCAGCCCGUCGCGAGACACUGGAGAUGGAAGUGAAGAAGUUGAAGUCGGAGACUGACGGUGCGAAAGCUACAGAGAUGGCUGCACCCGCCGCGAAGUCAAUCACUCCAUCUGAGACGCAGAAGCCACCGAGCGCGAUCUCUUCCAACCAUCUCAUCGAUAACCAGCCACGUCUUGUCUCCGUCGCCGGACUCACAAGCCCAUCUACACCCAUCCCUACCGCAUUACCAGGCCCUGCAACCACUCCCACAGAAACCUCGACGCCAAGGUCGGGAUACACACCUGAUCACAAAACUCUCAUCCAAGACUGGAACACCAGAGAAAUCGGGCUCCCGGUAUAUCUAGAAAGGUUGAAUGCACUAAAGCGAAAGUCUGACGACGCGGGAGAGACACCCAGACCGAUCAAACAGCUUCGGCUCAGCGGCGAGAACACCGAGCUUCCUACUGGAAAUCUACUGACGCCCGGUGGCGGACCGGCAUUCAAAUUCGCCAUACAAGAACCAGGCGAAGAAGAAGAACAGACAGAAGACGAUGGCGACGCAUCUAUCGACCUAUUCUGGGAUUCUUUCGAGGGCGACGCGGACAACUCAGGCACUUUCACAUACGGCUUGGGCGACGAAGUUGGCGCGGAGGCAGCAGCUCUUCCCGAGCAAGACGCAGCAAAGGGCGAGACCAACACUCACGGCGAUACUCUCGUCAUUGACGGCGAUACCAUCAUCGAUGAGAGCGAUCACAGCAACGACGAUCUCUAUGCCAUGCCUUCGCCGAGUCCGAAUAAGCAGCCGCCUCAGGCUACUGCUGAUAUGUCCGGCAUCGAAAUACCCGACGUAGACAUCCCCGCCAUUGAGCUUACUCCAGCUACCAAGCGGAAGAUCAGCAUCGACGACAAAGAAGGCUCACCUAGGUCAUCUCAGAUUCCAAGGAGUAAGGAGGACCUUGGUGGUGAGCAGACUCUGGCUUUGGAGAAUAUGACUCCAAUUGCCGUUACUCGCAAGCCUGCGGUCGUAUUGACCCCUGCUACGAAGCGGCUCUUGACAGAAGAUGACGGUGAGGAGCCGCCGAGGUCGUCACAGAUGCCACCUAGAUCGUUGCAGCGACCGCCUAGGUCAUCAAAGGCGGCGAGGACGACGGUUGACCUGGGUGAUGAGCAGACUCCCACUCUGAACGAGAUGAUGAUAGAGAACGUUGCCGAUGCAUCUCGUGAAGGGGACGAGGCGACUGAAGUCAGCGGUCCAUCCCAGGUCCCGGCCAAGAAGCACGAUGCUUCAUCAGAAGUACAUCCCGCGUCGACGGAGCCAGCAGACCCAAACAACAACAACAACAACGACACCACAACAUCCAACACCGCCGCAACAAACGUAGUCAACACCGCCGGCGCCAUGAACCUUGCACCAGCCCAAGUACCGGACAACAGCACUCUUUUACCCGAACCCGUCGCAAGUCCCGGUAGAAGAACACGCAACGCGGGAAAGCCUGUAGGAUCUCUCAAUGAAAAUGUGUUGAGUAAGAUGUCUGCGUCGCCAAUGAAGGGUGAGAAAGAGACAGUUGAAGAGGGUGCGAAGGGAAGGGGCAAGUCGCCAGCGAAGACCAGGGCGAAAUUGCCGACGAAGACAGCAGCGAAGGCACCGGUAAAGGCACCGGCAAAGGCACCGGAGAGGUCGCGAGUGAGCAGGAGCCCGUCUAAGGCAAAGGGUGACAGGCAAUAG